AUGUCGCUGAUUCCAAGCUUCUUCGGCAACAGGAGAAACAACAACAUGUUCGAUCCCUUCUCGCUCGACGUUUGGGAUCCGUUCAAGGAUCUUCCAUCAUUCCCUUCUUCUUCUUCGUCUCUCUCCAGAGAAACAUCGGCGAUAGCGAACGCGCGUGUGGACUGGAAAGAGACGGCGGAGGCGCACGUGUUCAAGGCGGAUCUGCCGGGGAUGAAGAAAGAAGAGGUUAAAGUGGAGAUAGAAGACGACACUGUGCUUAAGAUCAGCGGAGAGAGACACGUGGAGAAAGAAGACAAGAAGGACACGUGGCACCGGGUGGAGAGAUCGAGCGGGCAGUUCUCGAGGAAGUUCAGGUUGCCGGAGGAUGUGAAGAUGGAUCAAGUGAAAGCUUCAAUGGAGAACGGAGUUCUGACAGUGACGGUGCCUAAAGUGGAGACGAAGAAGAAGACACAAGUUAAGUCUAUUGACAUCUCUGGCUAA